CUCCUUUUUCCUCAAAUACUCUCACAUAUAAUUACAUCAGUGGGAGAAGCCGAGGGUUUCGGUUCUCUCAUUCCCUUAACUUUUUCUUCUUCUCCCAUUCCUCGUUUCUCUCUCUCGGUGUUCGUCGUCCGGGAAAGGCUCAGUGAGAUAGUGUGCGUCUCGAUUCUCUCCCAAAUUCAUUUCGUUGACUGUUCGUCGGCGGGGACUGUAAUUGGGGUUUUCUCCGUCGAGGUUUUGAAAUGGUGAGGAAGAGGAGAACUGAUCUUCCAGGUGGCGGUGAGGGCUCAGAGUCUUCACCUUGCUCUGAUCAUGGCUCACAGCAGCAGCCAUCUGAGAGGAGUAGUCCACCUCAGCAAGGAGGUCGAGGUGGAGGUUCCCAAGGCGGUCGUGGUGGAGGUUCCCAAGGCAGUCGGGGUGGAGGUUCCCAAGGUGGUCGUGGAGGAGGUUCCCCGUAUCAGCAGCAAGGUGGACGAGGUGGUGGUUAUGGCGGUCGAGGCCGUGGUGCUCCCCAGAACAAUCCAUACUAUGGGGGUUCUGGAGAGUAUCAGGGUAGGGGAAGAGGAGGGCCACCCCAGCAAGGUGGUCGAGGAGGUUACAGUGGUGGUCGGAAUGGUGGCCGUGAAGGAGGACCUCCUUACAGCGGGCCAUCUAGAUCACAAGUUCCCGAUCUGCCCCAAGCAACCCCAGCUUCUUUUCAAGUUGGGUUGAGGCCUCAGCCCAGACAUGCAGAGGCAAGCUCAUCUCAGCCUCCUGAGCCUUCAACAGCUGCAAUAUCGCAGCAGGUCCAGCAACUAACAAUUGAAGAGGAAUCAUCUGGCCAGGCUAUUCAGGCUGCACCUCCUGCCUCAAGCAAGUCUGUCAGAUUUCCCAUUCGUCCUGGCAAGGGUACUGUGGGAUCAAGAUGUGUUGUGAAAGCUAAUCAUUUCUUUGCAGAGCUUCCUGACAAGGAUUUGCACCAAUAUGAUGUCACAAUUACUCCUGAGGUUACUUCGAGAGGUGUCAAUCGUGCUGUUAUGAACCAAUUGGUAACCUUGUAUCGAUAUUCACAUCUAGGAGAGCGUCUUCCUGCUUAUGAUGGGCGGAAGAGUCUGUACACUGCUGGGCCCCUGCCUUUCACAUCAAAGGAAUUCCACAUCACCCUAAUUGAUGAAGAUGAUGGAACAGGCGGUCAAAGGAGAGAGAGGGUGUUCAAAGUCGUGAUAAAGUUCGCUGCACGCGCGGACCUGCACCAUUUGGGUCUCUUUUUACAGGGAAAGCAAGCUGAUGCACCGCAGGAAGCACUCCAAGUUCUUGACAUUGUCCUGCGUGAAUUGCCCAACGUGAAUUACACCCCAGUUGGACGAUCGUUUUAUCACCCUGAUAUUGGAAGAAGGCAGCCUCUUGGUGAAGGUUUGGAGAGCUGGCGUGGUUUCUAUCAAAGCAUUCGGCCUACUCAAAUGGGACUGUCACUGAAUAUCGAUAUGUCUUCCACUGCAUUCAUUGAACCACUGCCGGUUAUUGAAUUUGUAUGUCAACUACUGAAUCGUGAUGUCUCCUCUAGGCCAUUAUCAGAUGCUGACCGUGUGAAGAUUAAAAAGGCUUUGAGAGGUGUGAAGGUUGAAGUUACUCACCGUGGAAACAUGCGAAGGAAGUACCGUAUAUCUGGUUUAACAUCACAGGCAACUAGAGAAUUGACUUUUCCUGUGGACGAAAGAGGGACCAUGAAAUCUGUCGUGGAGUACUUCUAUGAAACUUAUGGCUUUGUCAUUCAACAUACUCAAUGGCCCUGUCUGCAAGUUGGAAAUCAAGCACGGCCCAAUUAUUUGCCCAUGGAGGUUUGUAAGAUCGUAGAGGGUCAGCGGUACUCGAAGAGGUUGAAUGAGAAACAGAUCACCGCUUUGUUGAAGGUGACCUGUCAGCGUCCUAAGGAAAGAGAGAAUGAUAUUAUAGAGACUGUCCGUCAUAAUGCUUAUCACAAGGACAAAUAUGCUAAGGAGUUUGGUAUCAAGAUCAGUGACAGGCUUGCUAAUGUCGAAGCUCGUAUACUGCCUGCUCCAUUGCUGAAAUAUCAUGACACUGGUAGGGAAAAGGAUUGCCUACCCCAAGUUGGACAAUGGAACAUGAUGAACAAGAAAAUGGUCAACGGUGGAACAGUGAACAAUUGGAUUUGCAUAAACUUCUCUCGACACAUUCAAGACAGUAUGGCCCGUGGAUUUUGUUAUGAGCUUUCUCAGAUGUGUCAAACUUCCGGAAUGCAAUUUAACUCUGAGCCGGUGCUUCCUCCCGUCAGUGGUAGACCAGAGCAAGUUGAGAGGUUGCUCAAAACUAGGUACCAUGAUGCUAUGAUGAAGCUGCAGCCAAUGGGGAAGGAACUUGAUCUGCUUAUUGUCAUCCUCCCUGAUAACAAUGGUUCUCUUUAUGGGGAUUUAAAGCGGAUCUGUGAAACAGAUCUAGGGCUUGUGAGUCAGUGCUGCUUGACAAAACAUGUUUACAAAAUGAGCAAGCAGUACUUGGCUAAUGUAGCCUUGAAGAUAAAUGUCAAGGUUGGAGGAAGAAAUACUGUCUUGGUUGAUGCGAUAUCUAGACGUAUUCCUUUAGUUAGCGAUCGACCCACAAUAAUUUUUGGCGCUGAUGUUACUCACCCCCACCCCGGAGAAGAUUCGAGCCCCUCAAUUGCAGCUGUUGUUGCUUCUCAAGACUGGCCAGAGAUAACUAAAUACGCCGGGCUUGUUUGUGCUCAAGCUCAUCGCCAGGAACUCAUUCAGGAUUUGUACAAGUCCUGGAAUGACCCUGUCAGAGGCCCAGUUUCUGGUGGCAUGAUCAAGGAGUUACUUAUAUCUUUCCGUCGUGCAACUGGUCAGAAGCCACAGCGAAUUAUAUUCUACAGGGAUGGAGUUAGUGAGGGGCAGUUCUAUCAGGUGUUGCUGUAUGAACUUGAUGCUAUUCGGAAGGCUUGUGCUUCAUUAGAACCCAACUAUCAGCCUCCAGUAACUUUUGUUGUGGUCCAAAAGCGUCAUCAUACAAGACUGUUUGCCAGCAACCAUAAUGAUCGUAAUUCUGUUGACAGAAGUGGGAAUAUAUUGCCUGGUACUGUUGUGGACUCCAAAAUCUGCCAUCCAACUGAGUUUGAUUUUUACCUUUGCAGCCAUGCUGGUAUUCAGGUGAUGUUAAUGUUCUCGUAACUGUAGUUGAGCAGUAUACAGAUUGCUUCGCAGGAAUAUCUUAAGGGGUCGUUUGGAUGGAUCAAUCUAUGAGUCAAUUUGAUCAAUUGUCUCGUUUUAUAAACGAGACAAUUAAAACGAGUCAAUUCGAAUUUCAAAAUACCUCAGGCAGAUUGAUCCAUCCAAAUUUUUUGCUGGCAAACGAGGCAAUUUGAUACAAUUGUCUCAAAACGAAACAAUUGUGUCAAAUUGGUCCGUUACAAUUCCUCAUCCAAAGACCCCUUUAGUUUCAUGUUCCGUACAUCUAAUGGUAAUAUUUUUAACAGGGUACUAGCCGUCCGGCUCAUUACCAUGUUCUGUGGGAUGAGAACAAGUUCUCUGCUGAUGCGCUACAGUCACUGACAAAUAACCUUUGCUACACAUACGCCAGGUGCACUCGUUCAGUCUCUAUUGUGCCACCGGCAUACUAUGCUCAUCUUGCUGCAUUCAGAGCUCGUUUCUACAUGGAACCUGAGACAUCUGACAGUGGUUCGAUGACCAGCGGGACUCAAGACUUUGGUCGUAGUGGUCCAGCAGGUGGGAGGGCAACCCGAUGUCCUGGUGCUAAUGCGGCGGUCAGACCAUUGCCUGCACUGAAGGAAAAUGUGAAGAGGGUUAUGUUUUAUUGUUGAGUGGAUUUGCUGUGGGCAAAUGGUAAUUAAGGAGAGGGGAAUGAGUAAGUACGAUGAGGGAUGAUUGAACACAUGUUUCGAAUUCAGUCGGUUGUCUUUUACAUUUUAUGAAAGUAUUGUUGAUAAUUUGUGCCUUCUGCUAUAGGUGAUGGUUUGAUCUGAUGAGCAUUGUGCUCUUUCGCUUAUUGCUGGGAUACGUUUGGAUGAAUUGUUAUGUUUGGUAUGGUGCCGAAUUGGAUAUUGUAUUUGUAGUGGUUUCUUAUCUGCUGAGUUGAUUGAAGUGGUAUGUUCAUAGGGAAUUUGUACGAGGCUGGCGUUGUGGUUCGUAGCUGUUUUCUCAACUCAUCGGAAAGCUUGUUAGAUUUUGGAAUAUGGAAGUCUGGUUUUCUCCAAGGGUGCAAGUUUGUGUCUUGUGGGAAAGUGAGUAUAUAAUAUAGGCA